GGUGACUGGUAUAAAACAAAAGAAAUAUUGAAUAAAGGUGCAAAAUGGAUAAUUGAUGAUGUUAAAAAAUCUGGAUUGAGAGGUCGUGGUGGUGCUGGAUUUCCAACGGUGAAGUGGAGUUUUAUGGACAAACCUUCAGAUGGAAGACCGCGUUACUUGGUUGUCAACGCUGAUGAAGGUGAGCCAGGAACGUGUAAAGACAGAGAAAUAAUGCGACAUGAUCCACAUAAAUUAAUUGAAGGAUGUCUUGUUGCUGGACGAUCUAUGGGAGCUAGAGCAGCUUAUAUUUAUAUCCGUGGAGAGUUCUAUAAUGAAGCAUCAAACAUGCAGCUUGCAAUUCAAGAGGCUUACCAAGCAGGAUUGAUUGGCAAGAAUGCAUGUGGAUCUGGUUAUGACUUUGAUGUAUUUAUGCAUCGUGGUGCUGGUGCUUAUAUCUGUGGAGAAGAAACUGCUUUGAUUGAAAGUCUUGAAGGUAAACAAGGCAAACCAAGAAUGAAACCCCCAUUUCCAGCUGAUAUUGGUGUAUUUGGAUGUCCCACAACAGUAUCCAAUGUAGAAACAGUAGCAGUAGCACCAACCAUAUGUCGGCGUGGUGGAGAUUGGUUUGCUUCAUUUGGGCGUCCAAGAAACACCGGAACUAAAUUAUUUAAUAUAUCUGGUCAUGUGAAAAAUCCCUGCACAGUUGAAGAAGAGAUGUCAAUACCACUUAAAGAUUUAAUAGAACGUCAUGCUGGUGGUGUUACUGGCGGAUGGGACAACUUAUUAGCUAUUAUACCAGGUGGAUCCUCUGUACCGCUUAUCCCAAAAAGGUAUCAAUCCAUUUAUCUGUGUCAACCAAGUUUGUGUACACCUUGCAGGGAAGGAGUCUCUUGGAUGAAUAAAAUACUGUGGAGGUUUGUAAAUGGUAAUGCUAAAUCUGAUGAAAUUGACAUGUUAUGGGAGAUCAGUAAACAAGUUGAAGGUCAUUCAAUAUGUGCUUUAGGUGAUGGAGCAGCAUGGCCAGCACAG